UAUACAUAUAUAAAUGAGUGUACGUGCUUGGACCGCCAGUUAAUACGGCAAUAACGCUACAGGACAGUAGGUGCACACAACACGCCAGCAGAGGAAGCAGACAUACGAGUGUUUUGUCAACGUUAAGAUAUCCAAGUGUUGUAAAAAUAACUGGUUGAAUAAUGUCGUCGAAAUUGAUCAUAUAUGGCACUAAAAAAAGCGCGCCCACACGGGCCGUCUUGUUCACGAUCAAAGCAUUGGAUUUGGACUUUGAAUUUCGACAGGUGGACAUCUUUGCCAAAGAACAAAUGCAACCGGAAUUUAUCGAGAAGAAUCCCCAGCAUACAGUGCCCACUCUAGAGGAUGCCGAACAUAUCAUCGUGGACUCACAUGCAAUUGCCGCUUAUCUGGUGCGCAAGUAUGGCAAGGACGACACACUCUAUCCCGAAGAUUUCUACGCAUGUGCCGUGGUGGAUCACCGUUUAUACUAUGAAGCAUCCACAUUGUUUGCCACUUGUCUCAAACAAAUCACCGGUCCACUCUUUCAACAGAAUGUCACCGAUAUACCAAAAGAGAAAUUCGAACAAAUACGCAAUGCAUACACUUUGCUAGAAACAUUUCUCAGCAAAAGCGCCUAUAUGGCUGGUGAGCACUUGACUAUCGCCGAUUUCAGCAUUGUUUCGACGGUGAGCCUUUUAAAUCUCACCUUUGUGGCCAUCGACAGUAACAAGUGGCCCAAGUUGGCCGACUGGUUGAAGCGUUUGGAGGCGCUGCCAUACUAUGAGGAUAUCUCUGAGGCUGCGCUGAAGGAGUACGCAGAACUGGUGCACAGCAAAUUGCCGAAACAGUAUGAGAAAUUGUGGAAGAAGGCAUACGAAGAAAUCAAAAGUAGUAGACUGUGAGAGCACGAAAGUGAUUUGAGUUUGUAUGAAGGUAUGGCGCUUCGUCGACAGUUUGAAUUUAUUGUUUACUGCUUAUUGCAAAAUUUAAAUACUUAUUUAUAAGCGAAUGUUUAUACUGUUUGAAUAAAAAUAAAUUGUGCUAAUUAUGCAGCAUAAAAAGUA